AUCGAGGAGAGGGGGAGAAUUGAUUAAGUGGGUGGUGGUGCUGUCGUUGCAGAUAACAGGAACGACACACAAGAAGCACGAGACAAGACCAGACUCUUCCUCCAAAGGCAACCAAAAAAAAAUAAAAAUAAAAAAGAAGCCUCCCUCACGCCAAAAGAAGAAGAGAAAGAAGAAGAGGAAGGAGGAGAAGGCGAAGAGGAAGAAGGAGAGAACAAAGGCAGACCGAGCCAGACCCAAAAGGAAGAGCACCCACCAAAAUCACAUCCUUCUCUCUCCUUCUCUGCUUGAUUCGAUUCCCCUCUCUCUCUCUCUAGUGAAAACGAAGUCAGAAAAGAGAUAAAGGAAGGAACUUGGGAGCCAAGGUGGUGGUGGUGGUGGAUUUAUCUGCGGAAAUUUUAUUCAUCGUUUCUUCGAUUCCCUCCUGCUCUCGAAUACAAGAAGAGCCUUGACGAUUCCGCCAUGCCCUGACCGCGUCGCGUCAUCGCCAUCGCCCUAUUCUUCCUCCUCUCCUCUUCCUCUUCCUCUUCCUCUCCCCCCUUCCUUUCUCUCUCUCUCUGGUCUUUCGCCUCCCUUCGUCGUCGCUCGUCAAUGGCCGUUCAAGCUCAGUACCCUUCCAACAUCCUCUUCCUCAACAGGAACGUACAGGAAGGGCGGGACUUCUCGGCGCAGGCGCACCCGGGAGGACACCUCGAUCAAUCCAACGCCUUGCUCAACAAUGGAGGGAGCGCCUACCCACGCAAGAGAGGGAGAGAAGCCGCGAUUUCCCCCGACCAUACCUCGUCGUUCAUGGAGCUGUACACUCUGCAGCCUCAGCCCCAACCUCAGCCGCAGCUCGUCGACCUCGCGCAACUUCAUAACCAGCAAUCGGCGAAUGCGGUAUCCAUCGGCCUGCGGUUAUCUCCCUGCGACCUGCAGAAUCAGCACCUCUCUCGCCGAUCAGCUACUCCGAGCCCGAGCCCGAGCCCGAGUCCGAGCCCGACAUCGUCGCUUUUCUCCAAUGAUUUCGCUUCCAUAAUCAAGCAGCAAAGAGAGGAGAUAGACCAAUUCCUCCAAGCGCAGGGAGAGCAGCUGCGGCGCACGCUGGCCGAGAAGAGGCGGAGGCAAUACCGCGCGCUGCUCGUCGCGGCGGAGGAAUCCGUCGCCCGGAGGCUGCGGGAGAAGGACGCGGAGGCGGAGAAGGCCGCGCGCCGCAACGCCGAGCUGUCCGCCCGCGCCGCCCAGCUCGGCGCGGAGGUCCGGGCCUGGGAGGCCAAGGCCAGGGCCCAGGAGGCCGCGGCGGCGUCCCUGCAGGCGCAGCUAGUGAAGGCGCAGGCGAUGAUGGUCUCGGAGAACAACGGCGGCGGCGGCGGCGGCGAGGCGGGGCCGCCGGAGGCGCAGGCGGAGGACGCGGAGUCGGUGUACGCGGACCCGGACCGGGCCGUCGGGUCGGGCCCGGGGUGCAGGGCGUGCGGGGAGCGGGUGGCGACGGUGGUGCUGCUGCCGUGUCGGCAUUUCUGCGUGUGCGCCGAGUGCGACCGGGUGGUUGGGGCGUGCCCCGUGUGCUUCUGCAUGAGGGGUUCGAGCGUGGAAGUCUUCCUCCGCUAGGGGGGCCCACGCCGAGGCCCAAUCUCAGGCCCAUUUCGAGGCCCAUCGCGUCGGACGCGACAGGCCCUCCCGGUAAAACGGCGGAGGAGACCUCGGAGAAACCGAAAAGGAAAGAGGAAAUAAACGGAAAAAAAAAAAGAAAUAUGGGAAAUUUCAUAAAUCUUAUUACCACUUCGAGAAUGAGAAUCCCCCUUCCCCCUUCCCUCCCUCUGUCUCUUUCUCUCUCUUACAUUUUAUUCUGUUUAUUUCUUUUCAUCAUUAUUUAUUUUUGGGUGUGUGUACAGGGCUGCUGCUGAAGUUCACUCGCAUUUUCAUUUUGUUCUUUCUUUUCUUUUUUAAUUUUGAAUUAAGCAGUAUAUAAAUUCUUUCAUUCGGA